GAACAACAGUCUAUUGAAGAGCAGAAGUUGGACACAAAGCAAAAGAAAAUGUCUGAAAAGGAUGCUGAAAAGAAGGCCCAGAAGGGUGAAGUAUCUGAAGUUGUUGCUGAGAAAGUAUCUGAAGAAAAGACUUCAGAAAGUAAGAAGCCAGAUGUCAAGGAAUCUGAAGCAGAGGCUCAAAAGGCAAAGAUUCUGGAGCAACAAUCUAUAGAAGAGCAGAAGUUGGACACAAAGCAAAAGAAAAAAUCUGAAAAGAAGGCCGAGAAGGGUGAAGUAUCGGAAGUUGUUGCUGAGAAAGUAUCUGAAGAAAAGACUCCGGAAAGUAAGAAGCCAGGUGUCAAGGAAUCUGAAGCAGAGGCUCAAAAGGCAAAGAUUCUGGAGCAACAGUCUAUUGAAGAGCAGAAGUUGGACACAAAGCAAAAGAAAAUGUCUGAAAAGGAUGCUCAACAGAAGGCCCAGAAGGGUGAAGUAUCUGAAGUUGUUGCUGAGAAAGUAUCUGAAGAAAAGUCUCCAGCAAGUAAGAAGCCAGGUGUCAAGGAAUCUGAAGCCCAAAAGGCACAGAUCUUAGAACAACAGUCUAUUGAAGAGCAGAAAUUGGACACAAAGCAAAAGAAAAUGUCUGAAAAGGAUGCUCAACAGAAGGCUCAGAAGGGAGAAGUAUCUGAAGUUGUUGCUGAGAAAGUAUCUGAAGAAAAGACUCCGGAAAGUAAGAAGCCAGGUGUCAAGGAAUCUGAAGCAGAGGCUCAAAAGGCAAAGAUUCUGGAGCAACAAUCUAUAGAAGAGCAGAAGUUGGACACAAAGCAAAAGAAAAAAUCUGAAAAGAAGGCCGAGAAGGGUGAAGUAUCGGAAGUUGUUGCUGAGAAAGUAUCUGAAGAAAAGACUCCGGAAAGUAAGAAGCCAGGUGUCAAGGAAUCUGAAGCAGAGGCUCAAAAGGCAAAGAUUCUGGAGCAACAGUCUAUUGAAGAGCAGAAGUUGGACACAAAGCAAAAGAAAAUGUCUGAAAAGGAUGCUCAACAGAAGGCCCAGAAGGGUGAAGUAUCUGAAGUUGUUGCUGAGAAAGUAUCUGAAGAAAAGUCUCCAGCAAGUAAGAAGCCAGGUGUCAAGGAAUCUGAAGCCCAAAAGGCACAGAUCCUAGAACAACAGUCUAUUGAAGAGCAGAAGUUGGACACAAAGCAAAAGAAAAUGUCUGAAAAGGAUGCUCAACAGAAGGCUCAGAAGGGAGAAGUAUCUGAAGUUGUUGCUGAGAAAGUAUCUGAAGAAAAGACUCCGGAAAGUAAGAAGCCAGGUGUCAAGGAAUCUGAAGCAGAGGCUCAAAAGGCGAAGAUUCUGGAGCAACAAUCUAUAGAAGAGCAGAAGAUGGACACAAAGCAAAAGAAAAAAUCUGAAAAGAAGGCCGAGAAGGGUGAAGUAUCGGAAGUUGUUGCUGAGAAAGUAUCUGAAGAAAAGACUCCGGAAAGUAAGAAGCCAGGUGUCAAGGAAUCUGAAGCAGAGGCUCAAAAGGCAAAGAUUCUGGAGCAACAGUCUAUUGAAGAGCAGAAGUUGGACACAAAGCAAAAGAAAAUGUCUGAAAAGGAUGCUCAACAGAAGGCCCAGAAGGGUGAAGUAUCUGAAGUUGUUGCUGAGAAAGUAUCUGAAGAAAAGUCUCCAGCAAGUAAGAAGCCAGGUGUCAAGGAAUCUGAAGCAGAGGCUCAAAAGGCACAGAUCCUAGAACAACAGUCUAUUGAAGAGCAGAAGUUGGACACAAAGCAAAAGAAAAUGUCUGAAAAGGAUGCUCAACAGAAGGCCCAGAAGGGUGAAGUAUCUGAAGUUGUUGCUGAGAAAGUAUCUGAAGAAAAGACUCCGGAAAGUAAGAAGCCAGGUGUCAAGGAAUCUGAAGCAGAGGCUCAAAAGGCAAAGAUUCUGGAGCAACAAUCUAUAGAAGAGCAGAAGUUGGACACAAAGCAAAAGAAAAAAUCUGAAAAGAAGGCCCAGAAGGGUGAAGUAUCUGAAGUUGUUGCUGAGAAAGUAUCUGAAGAAAAGACUGCGGAUAGUAAGAAGCGAGAUGUUAAGGAAGCUGAAGCUGAGGUGCAAGAGGUAACGAUUUUAGAACAACAAGCUUCAGAAGAGCAGAAACUGCAGAAGAAAAAACCAGUUGUAGACGAUGUUGACAUGAUUUUGUCAAAGAGAGAGGGAGCUCAUGUUGUUGAUGUUAAUGUUAACGAGAAGGCUGAUGUUCGUGAGCGCAAACAAGUUCGAAGCAGAGAGGCUAUUGGGGAUGCAGUCGAAAGUAUUAGUCCUCAAGCAAGCAAAUACCAAUCCUUAGAGUCUGAGUAUAAAGAACGGAAGGAAUCGCGCAGUGCUAAGCGUAAGCCAACUGUUGAUUUAAUGCUCACUAAUCGGAAUUCGGCAACAGGCAGUGACCUGAAGCUAACAUGUGGCAUAUCUGGUCACGAUAUGAAAGUGCAAUGGUUCAAGCAGAAUAACCCCAUUGAGAACGAUGCCAAGUACAAAAUAACCUUGAACGAUGGUCUAUCCUGCCUUGAAAUCAAAUCAACAGAGAUGAAUGAUUCUGGCAUUUAUCGAUGCAUAGCGUCCAAUCGAAAUGGAGAGGUCGAAACGAGCUGUCUUGUGACUAUAUACGAAGCACCUUCAACCAAAUUUGGCACACCGCCAAUAUUUACACGCAACAUACGAGACAAAACGCAACAAACGAAGACAAUGGGAGCGACGGACGGCGACAUCGAGCCACGGGCAUCUGCUGAGCCGGAGGGGGCACCCGCGCAGGAUACGCUGCAGGUGCCAACGCAGAAGAGGCGCAAACUUAAAUCACCCACUCCUGGCAGUUUACGCGGACGUAGUGCCACGCCCAUCCAUGGCCGGAGCCAGACUCCGUUCAAUCUGUAUAUGACACGUCGCAGUGCCACGCCCUCAACAUGGCGCAGCAUAACCCCCUUCCUGAAACGCGAGGAUAAAGAGAAAACUCCCUUCGAACUGGGCCGUGACAUGAAGUCGCAGACAACGUGCAAUAUUGCCGUCUUUGAUCGUGCCCUGGUCAUGGAUAUUUCUGAAGAUAUGGAUGUGCAGAAGCCCGUGCGUUACAUAACAUCCGAUCUAUCGGUUAUCGAUCGCGCUGCUGUUAUGGACGUGUCCAACGUUGAGGUUAUCUACGUUGUGGAGGAGUACGAAGAGUAUGAAGAGGAGGAGGAAAUCAUCGAAGAAGUUAAGCCCAAGAAAAAAGAAAAGAAACCAAGAAAGCCACGCGCGGCUAGAAAGUCCGCCGAGCCAUCUCCUGAUGGUGAUGGUACUGGCGAUGAUAUUGGCGAUUUGGGAGACGAUCGGGAGGAUAGUGUCGAUUUCGAUGAGGAUGAGCCCGCUAAGAAGGGCAAAAAGAAGGCGCCGCCAAAGAAGAAGGAGAAGAAAGAGAAAUCGCCCAGUCCAAAAUUGACCUUGAAACUGGAGAUUGGCGGCGGCCAAAAGGCCAGCAAGAAGAUGUUCGAUCAGCAGCCGCCUGCACCUAAGCCGCCACCAAAGAAGAGCAAGAUGGUCUUGCAAAUGGAGGAGCAGGCCAAGGCUCAGGCUAAGGCAGCCGAGGAAGCCGCCAAUCGUGCCAAGCCCAAGGGCGAAACGUACGAGGAACGUCAGAAGCGCUUGAAGGAGGAAAAAGAGGAGCAGGAACGACUUGAAGCCGAACAGCGUGCGAUUGAGGAGGCUGAAGCUGAAGCGGAAGCUGAAGCGGAAGCUGAAGCCUAUGAUAGUGAGGAGGACCGAUCCAUGAUGGAUGACGAGGGCACCGAGGCAGCCGAAGGCGAUUACAAUGAUGACGAGGAUACCGAACUUGCCUAUGAGGACGAAGAGGCCGAACCAGCGGUCAUCGAUCUGAAAGCGGCCAAACGUCGUGGCAGCGACUCCUCCGAUGAAUAUACACGUCCCGAUCCCCACGAGGACGAGCGCUGGCAGCGUAUCGCCGCCACUGAAGGCGAGGAAUUCAUGCAGCAGCUGCGCAAAUACAGCCAAGCCAAGCGCAUCAGCGAGCGGGAACGGGAUGCUGACUGGCAGCGUCGACGGGAGCAGGCUCGUCUGCCUAAGUUCAUCAACUUCCUAUCGGAUCGCACCGUCGAAGCGGGUCAGAGUGUUCGGCUGGCCUGCGCUGUCGACGGGCCCGAGCUCUCUGUCAAAUGGUUUAAGGAUGGACGUCAGCUGGAGCGCGAUGCCACCCAUCGCAUUAUAAACAACAAUAAUAUUUUGGUAAUGGAAGUGGUUAAUACGAGUAUAUUGGAUUCGGGCGAGUAUUCUUGCCAAAUCCUGAAUGCAAAUGACGAGGUUACCUCAUCCUGUAUUGUAACAAUUUACGAAGUGUUUAAGGAUGAACCCAAACCUCCCACCAUACAGUAUAUCAAAGAAUACUAUCAUUUGCGCGACGAUGAGCUGACCAUUGAAGGCCAUGUGCACGGUGUUCCGCGUCCGGUUGUUACCUGGUGGCGCGGCGCCUUCCAAGUAAAGCCCAGCUACAAGUUCACCAUGCUCGAGGAGGCGCACGGCGUUUGCAAGCUGCUGGUCUAUAAACCGGGCAACAAGGAUAGUGGCGUAUAUACCAUGAAGGCAAUCAAUUCGAUUGGCGAGGCACAAAUCAAUCACACCGUCGAGGUGGCCAAGAAUCUGCACUAUCAUGUGCCCGGCAUAUUCCAUGCACGCGACCGCAUUCAACUGGACAGCUUGAAGCAGGCCCGUCGCUCCAUUGAUGAAGCGCUCAGAUCGAAAGCCGAAUCGGAUUCGAAACGUGCCGAGGCAGAGGCUGAGCUACACCGUAUCCAGGCAGCGCGUGCACCACCCGAACCACCCCUUGUGCCCGCCAAGCAGAAAUUGCAGUUUGCCACCCAGUUACGCGAUCGGAUGUCACUGGAGGGCACAACCGCUAAGUUUGCGGUAACUGUAAUUGGACCCGAUCCGAACACACGCUGGAUGAAGGACGACAAAUGGGUGACGAUUUCCGAUAACAUUAAGAACCUGUCCGAGGAGGGCAAGGCCAUACUGCAAAUUAUCAAUGUGACCUCAGCCGAUACGGGUGUCUACAAGUGCGUGGCCAAGAACGAUAUGAGCGAAAUCGAAACCUCAUGCUACUUCAAAGUGUAUGCGGCGCAAGCCGAUGGCGACGAGUCCGAGCCCAUUUUCGCCCUGCCCCUGCGAGAUGUGUAUCAUUCCUCGCAAAAUGACUUGAUUCUCGACACGAAGGUGCGCGGCAAUCCCCGUCCACUUAUCACGUGGACGAAAGAUCAGUUACCCAUUGUACUUGACGAUCGUGUCGUGCAAAUCGAACACUUAGAUGGCGUCUGUGAGCUGAUCGUUAAUAAGCCAACGAUAAAUGACAACGGCAUCUACGUUUGCACCGCCCAGAACAAGUUGGGCAGUCAGUCGACCACCCACACGGUUGUCGUCGACACACACUCGUCUCGCCGCUCGAGCAUAUUAUCGGCAAUGCAGGAGGAGGGUGCUACUGAAGGUGCCGCCAAGCCCAAGAAGUUGCCUAAGAAAAAGGAUGAAGAUGAUGGCGGUGGCUACGAGCGACGCAGUCGUAUGCCCGAUCCAUCGCCCAAGCAAAUGCUCUAUUUCACGGUCAAUCUAUCCAAUCGUUAUGUGGCCGAAGGAUCUAAGGUCAAACUGCAGGCGGUCGUGGGCGGACCCCAACCGACAGUUAAAUGGCAAAAGGAUGACCAGAAUGUCACCUACGGACCCCGUAUACGCAACAUGAAUCGCGACAGUUUGGCCGUGCUGGAGUUCACCAGUGCACUUCCCGAAGAUUCCGGAACCUAUUCGAUAGUUGCCCAUAAUGAAUUCUGCAAGAUUACCACCUCGGCACUGCUGCAUGUCUAUCAGCCGAAGGUCAACACCGAUGUGGAGCCCGUGUUUAUACGCUCCCUGAAAGAGAACUAUCAUCUAAAUUCGAAUGAACUUAUAUUGGAGACAGCUGUGAGGGGUCAGCCGACACCGCUGGUGCAGUGGUUCAAGGACAGCAUUGAGGUUCAGAAUGACGAACGUCAUCAGUUGAUUGAGCAUCAGGAUGGCACCUGUGAGCUGAUCAUUGAUCGACCCGACAAUAAGGAUUCGGGCAAAUAUGUGGUCAAGGCGGAGAGUCGUGCCGGCAAAAUGGAGAUUUCCCAUUAUGUGCUGUUCGAGGGCAAGGCAUCGCACAUUGCGGAGAACAUACACGGUGUGUUCCAUGCGGACAAGAGUCUGCUGCGGCCCAAGGAGGUGGAGAAGCCAGCUGAGAAACCAGCAGCUCCAGCAGCCGAAGCCGAAGAGGUGGGCAAGAAGGGUCGCGGUCGCAAGAAGGCAGAUCCCGAGGAAGAGGCAGUAUCCUCGGCCACGGACUAUGCCUCAGAUUCGGCGAGCAUGUCGAGCAAGCGACGCGAGAAGAACAUUGGCAUACACUUUAGCACCUCGAUGAGGGAUCGCGUUGUGGCCGAAGGUUCCAAGGUGAAGAUCUCCUGCUUCCUGGAGGCCAAGGAACCACAAGUGAAAUGGACCAAGAACGACGAGCCCCUCCAAAAUUCACCCAAGAUCCGUGGACGCUAUAGCGAAGGCCUCUGUCUCUUGGAGAUUGCGAGCGCGGCAGCGGAGGACAAUGGUGUGUACAAGUGCACGGGACGUGACGAAACUGGCGAAGCGUCCACCUCGUGCCGUCUGGAGGUCUACGAAGAUCCUGGCACUGGCGAUGUGCCACCAACGUUCACGCGCAACAUCAAGGACACGCUGCAUGGCAAGAUCAAUGAGCUACAGCUGGACGUACAUGUGCGUGGUCUGCCAACGCCGACGGUCACAUGGUUCAAGGAUAGCGUUAAGGUGGAGAACAAUGAUAAGUACCAACAGGUGGAUCACGAUGAUGGUACCUGUGAGCUGUUCAUCAGCCGGCCAAAGCCGGCGGACAGCGGCAAAUACGUUUGCCAGGCCGAGAAUCGCGAGGGUCAAACGGAAAUCGUGCACAUGGUCACUGUAGAACCACGCGUCCAAGUCCGACCCAGAUCGCCACCCAGGGAGGGCCUGCCGCCACUAAAGCCCGGCGGUGAGGAGGAGGGUGAUGAAGUUCACGAGGAUGAGGAGGCUGAGGGAGGUGAGGGAGCCGAAGGUGUGGUUGUUAAGAAACGAGGGCGUAAACCAAAGAAGGCUGAUGAUGAGGAGGGUACAAGCUCGAGACGCGAGGUGCCACCACCACCCGAUCUAAAGAAGCGACUCUACUUCCGCAACUUCCUAUCUAAUCGCACCGUUUUAUCGGGCAGCAACGUCAAAUGGAUGGUCAACAUCGAUGGACCCGAGCCCACGGCCAAGUGGUUCCAUAACGAUCAACCGAUUGCCUUCGGUCCCAAGAGCAAGUUGUCCAUGCAGGAUGGCAUUGCCUGGCUCAAUCUGGUUGGUGUCACCGAGGAAGAGGCCGGCGAAUACACGCUGAGAGUAAAAGGUCCCGAAAAUGAAAUUGUUAGCACUUGCAACCUGUUCGUUUACAGCACGGGUCAAGUUGAGGUCAUCUCACCCACUUUCACAGUGGGCAUCAAAGACACGUAUUCUCUGAAUGAGAAUGAGUUGGUUCUGGAUUGUCGCGUGCGUGGCCAGCCUCGCCCAGAGAUUCAAUGGAUGAAGGGCACCGAGCCCCUUAGUAAUGAUGAUAAAUAUCAACAGGUCGAUCAAGCCGAUGGCUAUUCCAAGCUGAUCAUACGCAAUCCAGUCGAAAAGGACUCGGGCGUCUACUCCUGCGUAGCCACCAAUGAAGGCGCUCAAAACAAAAUUAGCCAUCAGGUGGACUUUAAGGGUCGCGAACGGUUCACUCUGGAGAAGACUCAUGGUUUCUUCCAUCGCGAUCCCAACAAGCCGCACUUCCUCACCCCACUGGGCAAUCAGACCGUCUGCAAUGGUGGCACCGUCGCCAUCUCGGCCGAAUUCAUGCAGUCGACUACACCCAUCGAGGUCAAGUGGUUACGCGAUCAUCGCCCAGUCGACGGACCCACUGUGAAGACCAUGACCGAGCGCGGUAUCUACACGCUGACCAUCAUGAAUGCGGGUGCUGAACACGAGGGCACCUACACUUGCCUUGCCUCAAAUGCGUUUGGACGUAUCGAGUCGCAUGUGAACAUCGAUGUCGCUGUCGGCGCCGAGAAGGACGUUCGUCCGCCGCUGUUCCUGUCCAGACCCGAAACCGAAAUGAAGAUUGCCGUCGGUGACCCAUUCUCGGUGUCCUUCCGCAUUGCGGGAGACCCGAAACCAAGGCUGAUGUUCAUGAAGGGCACCAAGGAUGUUACCCAAUCGGAUCGCGUUAGCAAAGAGGUAUCCGAUGAUUAUACCAGAUUCACAGUGCAAAAGUCGCAGAUCUCCGACUCCGGCACCUAUUUCGUAGUCGCACGCAAUGACUUUGGAACGGACAGAAUAUUCGUCACCAUUACAGUUAACCCUCGAGCUCGCUCUGAAACUCCAUCGCAACCACGCUGGGGCCAACCCCUCGAAAGUUACAGUGAAACUUCGUAUUUCAGAGAUCCACCUGCUGGCAUAUCCACCGAACCGCUGGUGGUCGACUCCGGACCCACCCACAUCUCACUGUCGUGGGGCAAGCCCGUGAGCGUCAACUCUGCUCCGGUCAUUGCCUACAAGGUGGAGGCAUGGAUAAUGGGUCACGAGGGUGGCGCCUAUUGGCGUGAAUUGGGUCUGACGCCGAUCAACUCCUUUGAUGCCUUCAAUCUGAAGCCCAAUGUGGAGUACCAUUUCCGGGUGACGCCCAAGAAUCGCUAUGGCUGGGGUCCGGCCGUGCAGACCAGCUCGCCCCUGCAGGUGGGCGGCGUCGAGUGUCUGCCGGAGUUUGUCAAGAUUCUGCCGGGACAGGUGAAGGCGCUGCUCGGCUCCUCCUUCACACUGCAGUGCAACAUGCGUGGCGCACCGCGUCCAAAUAUUACCUGGUACAGGGAUGGCAUCCAGCUGAGCAACAGCUCGGAGCGUGUCAAGAUUCGUCAGAUUGGCUCCACCUGUGCUCUGACCAUUGCCACCGUUAGUGAGCUCGAUUCCGGUCGUUACACCUGCGAGGCAACCAAUUCCAAGGGACGCGUCUCGACCUUUGCCCGCUUGCAGGUCGUCUCGGAUGCCAGGAUCUAUGAAGCGGACUCCCGGCUGAAGGAAAUUGUCCAUGGACGCCAUCCGGCUGAACUGGGCGAUUCGCUGCCGAUCUUCACAAUGCGUCUGCGCGAUCGCCGUGUACAGGUCACCUAUCCAGUGCGUCUCACCUGCCAGAUCGUGGGCUAUCCCACGCCGGAGAUUCUAUGGUACAAGGAUGGGCAGCUGAUCAGCAGCGAUAGGCGCCAUUUGAUUUCGACCGAGGGCCAGUUCUUUACGCUUGAGAUUGCGGCCACAACGCUGGACGAUAGCGGCAACUACACGUGCACGGCCAAGAAUGAGCUGGGCUCCGUAUCCUGUCACAGCUGCCUGGUGGUGGACAAAGGCAUACGCGCGUAUAUAUCACCGGACUUUUAUGUGCCCCUCGAUCCGUUCUAUGUAUUCAGCGAGGGCAGCGAAAUCCGUCUAUCCACCAAGGUGGAGGCAUAUCCCUCAGUGGGCGUUACCUGGCAUCGCAACGGGAUGCGCCUGCGUCCCAGUCGACGCAUUUCCGCCACCCUCGACUCCACGGGCUAUGUGGAACUGAUCAUUGCCGAGGCGACGCCACGCGAUGCGGGCAUUUACGUUUGCGUCGCCUCCAAUGUAGUCGGCAAGGUGGAGACCAUCUGUCGCGUGGCCAUCGAGGAGAACGAAGCGGCAGCAGCUGGAGGCACACCACAGCGCGCUCUAGACAUACCCAGCAUCAAGACAAGCGAUAUGCCUUACUCCAAAGAGCCGCUAUUUGUAGUGAAGCCGCGUUCCAGUGAGGCCUACGAAGGCGACAACGUCAUCAUAUUUUGCGAAGUGGUCGGCGAUCCCAAGCCCGAUGUUGUCUGGCUGCGCGAUUUUCUCAAUCCGGAGUACUACAAGGACGCCCCACACUUUAGACGGAUUGGCGAGGGUCCCGAGUAUCGCUUGGAGAUACCCAGUGCCAAAUUGGACUUUACCGGCACCUAUUCAGUUAUAGCCAGCAAUUGUCAUGGCGAGGCCAAGGCUGUAAUAUCGCUACAAAUUUACGCCAAAGAUAUACUUAAAGAAAAUCGCAUGGACAAAGUGCACACACGACAUGGCAACAUUGAAACACUGCCGCGCUUCAUACGCAAUUUGCGAAAUCUUCGCUGCUGCGAUGGCGACGCAAUUUCGCUGGAGUGCCAUGUGGAGGCGAUGCCAGAACCGUAUAUAAUAUGGGAAAAGGAUGGCCAUGUUAUACCCAGCGACAGAGACUACAUAAUGUCGUACGACGGCAUGAAAGCAACGCUCAGCAUACCCCGCAUUUAUCCCGAGGACGAAGGCGAAUACACAUGUGUGGCCAAGAAUUCGGUGGGCAGAUCUCUCUCCUCCGCCUGCAUUGUGGUCGAUGUGCCCGAGGAGAAAGAGAAUAUGCUCAGCCGACAGCUGGCGAGACCAAGUGCUCUGCUCUCGGCACACUCGACACCACGUUCGACGCCUCGAUCGACACCAAAUAGGAGCUUUUCACCCAUGAGACUUUCCUAUCGCAACAGCAGCAUUGAUUUGCGGAUGGGUUCCGUGGAACGGCGACGCAGCGAUGCACGCUGCAUCUCGGCACCGAAAUUCCUGGCCAUUCCCUACAAUCGUGUCGUUGAGGUGGGCGACAGUGUGCGCUUCCAGUGCGCCAUUGGUGGCCAUCCAACGCCCUGGGCCACCUGGGACAAGGAUGGUUUGAUAGUGACGCCAACCGCACGGAUUGCGGUCAAGGAAGUGGACGAUUUGCGUUUCAUAGAAAUCGAUGAGGUUGACUUCGACGAUGCCGGCCUGUAUCGCAUCACGUUGGAAAAUGAUUUUGGACGCAUUGAGGCCACCGCUCGCCUAGAUGUGAUCAGUAGUUCCCGAUACUCAAAGUCACCAUCGACGCGCAGCGUUCGCGCCUCCUCCUCCCGACGCAACGCCUAUUUAUAUCGACGCAUCAUGGGCCCAUCUACAGCUAUUGGCGGUCGCAUGGCGCUGGCGAGCGGUUUUCGUGGCUCCUCGGUGCCCUCGGUGAGAUUCUAUCACAAUAACCUUGAGCUGGAGCCAUCGGAACGGGUGCACAUUGUGCUACAGCAGGAUGAGGCUAUAUUGUUCGUAGACAAUGUUACGUUGGACGAUGAGGGUGUCUAUACCUGCAUCAUAAGCGGCGAACACGAUCCUCUUGUCAGCUCAAUCGACGUCAAAUUCUAUGCCUCAAGUGCGGAUAUUGAAAGACGCCCAGCUGCGAUUGCUGAACCUUUGCCGGAGCUAACGAGAUCCGUUGAGGGUGAAGUGAUCGAUCUCUGUUGUGCCAUCGAUAGCAUCGAGCCCUACACCUACGUCUGGUUGCGCAACGGACAAAUUCUGCCCGACAGCGAGGAGUUCAAUUACAUUGAUCACGGCAAUGGAUGUCUUUGUCUGCGCAUCAACGACGCCUUCGACAUUGACUCCGGCAUCUACAGCUGUCAGGUGUACACAAUCCAUGCCGACUGCAAUGCCGACACCGACUGCGACGCCGACUGUGACUGCGAUUGUCGCAGCAGCGGAGAGCUGUGCGUGCUGGAGCGCGAUCUCUCGCAGUGUGAUGAGAGCAUACAGCUGCUGAAGAGCCCGCUGCCGGUGGUGUGUGCCUCUGGAGCGGAAGCGAUCUUCUUUGCCCGUGUUUACCCCAUCCAAGCGGACGCCGAAUGGUAUCUCAAUGGACAACGCAUCGAGGAUGACUCACCAAACACAUCGUUGGAGUCUUAUCCGGAGAAUGGCAUUCGCUUGUUGCGUCUGCAAAACGUCCAAUUGGCCCAGAGCGGUGAAAUUCGUUUGCAAGUGAAGCAUCAUCCAUGCGAGGAUCGACGCACACCAGCCACACGCAGCUAUACCAGUCUGCUGGUGCUGCCCAUUAACAGCAGCAAUCAUAACAAUCGCAAUAUUAAUAACAACAACAACAAUAAGGAGUGCAACAACUUAUCGCUGGCUGCCAGCAGCUGCAUUUUGAGGGGCCCGGAAGAUUGCACGGCACUCAUUGGCGGCCAUGUCCAGCUGAGCGUGCACUAUGAGCCAUUCCCCAAUACCAAAGUCAUCUGGUACAAGGCGUGCCACGCCAUUGUUGAGGGCGCCAAUGUGACAAUCCGGACAACGGCGCAGCAAUCGACGCUUUACAUAACGCACAUCUCGGCUGAUGACAGCGGCAAGUACACCGCUGAAAUAAUGAACGAUUACGGCGUAGAGGCAGCCGCUGCCUCGGUAGCAGUUGAGGGACCACCGGAACCGCCCAGCGGACAGCCAAGCGUCUCACUGGGACCCGAUCGGGUGGCAGUCGCCUGGUGUGGUCCGCCCUACGAUGGCGGCUGCAUGAUAACGGGCUUUAUCAUUGAGAUGGAAAGCCGCGAAACAUCGGACUGUGAUAGCGUUAAGGAUCUAGCUGAGUGGCAGCAGGUGGCACGUGUUGUGGAUACGCUGGCCUAUACCAUCAAGGAUGUGCUGCCGCAGCUACAGUACAGAUUUCGUGUGCGCGCCGAAAACAUACAUGGACGCAGUGCACCCAGUCAGGUCAGCGAAUGGGUGCAAACAACACGAACUGCAGAAACAGCAGGCACUACGGUUGCUGCAGCAACAGAAACAGAUCUGCAGAGCUCAGUGUGUGUACAGUCUGGCGGGGAUUUCAAGUCACGCUUCGACAUCAUUGAGGAGCUGGGCAAAGGACGCUUUGGUGUCGUCUAUAAGGUGCAGGAACGCUCACAGCCAGAACAAUUGCUGGCUGCCAAGGUGAUCAAGUGCAUUAAGGCGCGCGAUCGCCAAAAAGUGCUUGAGGAGAUUUCCAUAAUGCGCUCACUGCAGCAUCCCAAGCUGCUGCAGCUGGCCGCAUCCUUUGAGGGACAACGCGAAAUUGUCAUGGUCAUGGAAUACAUUACGGGCGGCGAGCUAUUUGAGCGAGUUGUUGCCGAUGAUUUUACGCUGACUGAGUUGGACUGCAUUUUAUUUCUGCGACAGGUAUGUGAGGGUGUUGCCUAUAUGCACAGCCAAAGCGUCGUCCAUUUGGAUCUGAAGCCGGAGAACAUCAUGUGCCACACACGUACCAGCCAUCAGAUCAAAAUCAUUGACUUCGGACUGGCCCAACGACUGGACACAAAUGCGCCAGUUCGUGUCCUCUUCGGCACACCGGAGUUUAUACCGCCAGAGAUCAUCAGUUACGAGCCCAUCGACUUCAAAUCGGACAUGUGGAGCGUGGGCGUUAUUUGCUACGUGCUUCUAUCGGGCCUGUCACCUUUUAUGGGCGACACUGAUGUGGAAACUUUUUCGAAUAUAACGCGUGCGGAUUACGACUAUGAUGAUGAGGCCUUCGAUUGUGUCUCACAAGAGGCCAAGGACUUUAUAUCACAGCUGCUCGUGCAUCGCAAGGAGGCACGUCUGACCGCACAGCAGUGUCUGGAAUCCAAGUGGCUAUGCCAGCGCCACGACGAGAAUCUCAGCAAUAAUAAAAUAUGCACGGACAAGCUCAAGAAGUUCAUCAUAAGACGCAAGUGGCAGAAAACUGGCAAUGCUAUACGGGCACUGGGUCGCAUGGCAACGCUGUCCGCUUCGCGUCGCAACUCGGCCAUUGCGAUGGGUGCCUGCAACAGUCCGCGUCCCUCGAUCUCCGGUUUGGGCAUGCUGAGUGCUGCCGCCACUGCGAGUGCGAGCACCGGCGGUACACAAAUGGCCUCCCUGAACGAGGAGGAGGAUGAUUUCAGUGUCGAUAUGCCGCAUGUGGACAAGCGGAAGACAACUGCUGGCGUUCUCAAACUGCGCGACAAGUCGCAGUGCAGUGAACGCAGCGAUUCUGGGUACAGUGAGUGCUCCAACGGCAGCCAGGGUAUACAGGAGACGCUGCUGCUAACGCUUGCCAAGAAUAAGCUAGAGCAGAUUGCCAAGGCAAGCGGCCAGGCUGAAAUUGCCGAGAGUGCAACAACGUCUGCCACAUUCGUAAGCAGCAUGCCGGCACUGGAGUUGUUGUCUGCCAAAAGUGAACCCAUAAUGCUGUCCGAUUUUACCAAUACGGUUAAGAUGCGCAAGAAAUCUCUCGAGGAUAGCUGCACACGCGAAAAACUGAAGCCGCACGCCAGCAAGCCCAUCUGUGACUCCAAGUCCAAGGUGUCCCAAUUGAAGCACAAGUUCCAGCAAUCGAAUGCUGCUCCUGCUGACUCAGCUGCUACCGCUGAUGCUGCUGCUCCUGCUGUUGCUCCUGCUGCUGCUACUGCACAUAACCAUCCUGCAAAAAAGUCGCCUGCAAUAAAGAUUCCUGCGCCAGCUCCUGCUCCAGAGCCCAGCAAAAUCGCCAAGGUCGCGAGCAUGGGUCGCAUCAGUAAAUCCACCGCGGAGCCAGUUCGAUCAACUGUUAGCAGUGGGAACAUCGGCGCCAGUAAAGCGAGACCAAUGCAAACCCAAUCGAUGCCCAGUUCACCGCUGCCACAACGUGCAGCAACGCCAACGCGGCUGAGCAGUCGGGUCCGUGAGACGACGGAGCGUCUUGCCCAACAGCACACGGUGGCUAGCGCACAGCGGCAAGGAAAUGGCAACGGAAACGGAAAUGGGCACUUGCUGGGGAAUGGGAACGGGCACGAGUCACGUGCGCGCAGUCUCAUCAAUAGAUUCAACGAAACGAAACAUAUCACGCCCUAGCUUUUUUAUUAUGUGUCGCUCGAAGCUGAUUUACUUAUUCACACUUUAUUUUUGCAAAUAUCAUUAAUUACUUUUUA